AUGACCCACUACAGGCCCAAAGCCGACCUUUCGCAGCGCUUUGUCCAUGCGGGCAAGCGCAAGCGCGACACCUCGCCCGGCCCAGCACCUCGGCGCCAGCGCACCCUCAUCGUGCCCGGAGAGGGCCGUGACCGUCCUCGCUCUCCCGUCAUGCCCGAAGAGCCUAUGCCCCUUGCCGACUUUCGCAGCGUUGCCAAGCCGACAGGAGCUGCUCCGACGACAUCGACAAGGCCUACGUCGAGCGCAUCGCAGGCCAGCAGCAUCUCACGGACCGAUCCCGGCGCGCCAGAAAUCAGACAGCCCUCACCGGCACUCGCGUCGCUGCCACCGAGGCCCCAGUCGAGCAUCUCGGCGGCUCGACGUGCAGGCCCCAUCGACGGUGACACUCUGGCAAAGAGGCCGCCGGCGCCGCUGCCGUCGUCCCUCCCUUCAAAGCCCCAGACGCGCUGCCACAUGCAUGCGCAGACCGCUCCCGGCGGCGCUGCCGCCGUGGCGGCAGGUCAGUUGGCGUUCGGAACGUCGGCACAGUCCUCACUGCCACAGCCAGAUGCUCGACGCAUCCCCCGCGAUGGCGGAUCAACGGCCGCGCAGACAUCCGAGGCGGCUAAGGCGUCGUCCGUGUCGACGCUGCCGGCCAAGCCGCAGCUUCGCCCGGGCGGACCGCAGGCAUCCACUCGUGCCGACAUCAGCCGCACGCCACUGCAGCCCGUGUCGCCAAACUCGACGCCCCUCCCGAGGCCACAGGCAGGCGUCCCUGAGGCUCGACGCUCGACAUCCACCGUCACAAAAUCCCUCAUCGUACCGAGAUCCUGUCGCGCAAAUAGCGGGGUCACAGCACAGCAGGCCGCAUCACCAAGCUCGACACUGCUUCCAAGGCCGCAGGCAGGCGUCUCGGAGGCUCGACCCACCACGUCGACGGUCAGGACCCCCAUUGCAUCGGCCAGCGCAAGCGCAGGCGAGGCUCGCGACGUUGUCGGCGGCGCGCCAACUUCAGCACAGCAGGAUCCGCCGAUCGCAUCGCCACCCAACACAUCCGAGCCGAGCAGUGCCAAGACCAAGGCCACUGAGGGCAGCAAUGAGGAGCCAAAGCGAGACCCCUGGUGGACAAAGUUUGUCGGCCGCCUCGACGCUUUCCUUCCAAGCGUCCACGGGACUGCACACCUCCCCUACAAGCCAGAGACCGCACCCCCUCGUCCAAGGCGCCGCCAUCUCUCGAACGUUGAUCCGAAGAGCGGAAAGAAGAGGACAUGGUACCAAGCUACGCAGAUGCGCCUUGCAGCACCCAAGAAGGCCUUCUCGUUGCCAGACGUCGUCAUCAAAGCCAUCGAAGCAGCCGCUGCGCAGCCCCUCAAGCGCUCAAAUUACAAAGGCCACCGCCGCCGCAUCUUUCCGACACCCUACCAGGAGUACAAGCUGCGCCUCGCGAUCAUCGCAAUCAACCGUACCUACAAUCUCGCCGUGACCUUCCUCCAAGAGCGAUUCAGCGAGGACUGGUACAAGAAGCGUCCGGGAGCACUCUUCGCCGAGUUCAACCCGAUGCUGCAGGGACGCUUCGUCAACGCUGCGACCGUGUCGGACGAAUGCAGGGGGCUCCUCAAAGAUGCGCCGGCCUGCACGAGGAAGUUCGCGGUCCACCAAGCUAUCAAAGCCUUCGAGAACGGGAUCAAGACUUGCAAGCCCUUCAAGGUUGCGCUCCGAGAGCUCGUUCGUGGGUACGGUACAAUCCACGUACAGAAGGAGCGCGUGAACAGUGAGAAGGGCACAUUCUACACCACCUACUUUGACGGAGAGAUCAAGGGGCUUCGAGGGCUCAAGCUUCCGCACGACACAACAAUCAUCGAGCGAAACGAGAAGUUCUACAUCAACGUGAUCUCUGACCGCCAUCCGCUCGAGCUUCCGCGCCUCAACAAGGACGACAAGAUCUGUUCGAUCGAUCCCGGAGUCCGAACCUUCGCCACAGUGUACGAUCCGCACGGACAGCGAGUUGUCGAGGUUGGCGCUGGUGACUUUGCCAGGGUCUGGCGUCUCUCGAGGCACAUCGAUCGCAUGGUCAGGCGACUCAAGCACCUUGACAAGAAGCGCUGGAUCAGGAUGGUCAAGGCGAUUCACCGCGCGCGUGACCGUGUCAAGAAUCUGGUCUCCGAGGUCCACCGGAAGCUGGCAAGCUGGCUCGUGAGCAACUUCAACAUCGUCCAGCUCCCGCCCUUUAACUCCACCAGGAUGAGUGCACGAGCGAAGCGCAGGAUCAGCAGGUCGACCGUCCGCUCACUGCUGACCUGGGGCCACGGGCGCUUCAGGCAGCACCUUCUGGAGCAGGCACGCGCCUCAGGCAUCCGAGUCGUUAUCGCCGACGAGAGUUACACGACGCAAGCCUGCUCCCAGUGUGGCGAGCUCAAGAAGAUAGGGGGCUCAAAAUUCCGUCGUUGCCCCUGCGGCCUCAACGCCGACCGAGAUGCCAAUGGGGCUCGUAACAUCAUGCUCAAGUUCCUCAUCGAGGUGCUCUUCCAGAACGAAAGGCCCAAGGACUGA